AUGACUCGAACUAAGAAAAGCUUCCCGUCGGUCAAUGGACUCCUCUCUUCAUCUUCCUCAGCUAGAAGCUCGAGUGAUGGAAGUCUCGAGGGCAAGCACGGCCCUUCGGUCACGGAACUUCCCUCCCGUGCCCCAACGGCCUGGGAAUAUCUCAACGCCACCGUCAAGCCUUCAGCCCUCGCCGAAGUCGAAUUGCUACUGCUCACGUUCUGCAUUGGGUUACAAGAUGCUGUAUCCUUCCCCGACUUCCACUGCUUCGCGUCCAACCAGACGGGCAACACCAUCUUCCUCACGCUGGCCAUUGUCCUCCCCAAGCUCAACGGCGAGAUGUUCGUGACGGCCAACAUUGGCGUCGCGCUGGGCCUGUUCCUCGCAGCAGCGUACCUCACGGGCCAGCUGGGCCACGUGGUCGGCCCGCGGCGGCGGCUCUGGCUGAUCUUCUGCAACCUAGUGCAGACGUGCUUGGUGUUUGGGGCCGCGGCGCUGCAGUACAUGCGGGGGAUCGAGCUCGAGGGGACGCGGACGAUACUCGCCAUCGGGCUGCUCGCGUUCGCGGCGGGCAGCCAGGUGGUGCAGUCGCGCUCGCUGGGCAUGACCGAGAUCAGCACGGCCAUGGCCACGGCGGCGUGGGUCGACCUGGUCAUCGACCCCAACCUGCUGUCGGGCGGCAACAGGCCGCGCACCCGCCGCGUCGCCUUCCUCGCCACCCUCGUCGUCGGCUCUCUCGCCGGCGCCCUCAUCUACAGGACCGUCGGCUCGGCCGCCGCGCUCGCCGUCUCUGGUGCCGGCAAGCUGUUGGUGACUCUGAUGUUCCUAUUCAACACCACCGAGCAGGAGCGGCUUGAAACCAGCAAGGACUCAGCGUGA